CCUGUUAUCGUCUUCUUCCUCUUGGGCUUCCUCCCUCGGGUGACAAUCAUGUGCGAAGGUCUCAGAGUGAAGAUUAUGGAGCAGAGCCGAGUCUCUGCUCCUCCACAUUCAACCUCACCCACCUCUCUUCCACUCACCUUCCUCGACCUUCCAUGGCUCUUCUUCUCCCCGAACCAACCUCUCUUCUUCUUCCCCUUCCCUUUCUCUCUCUCUCACUUCACCACCUUCACUCUCCCUAACCUCAAGCUCUCCCUCUCCCUCACCCUCCAACAUUACUUCCCCUUCGCCGGAACCUUCGUUCCCUCCCCGGAACCUUCCAAACCCCACAUUGUUUACUCCGAAGCAAGCUCAGUCUCUCUGGUGGUCGCUGAAUCCUCCGACGACUUUAGCCAUUUAUGUGGCAACCAUGCCAGAGAUGCCAAUCGCUUCUACUCACUUGUUCCGAAGCUGAAAUCUGGAAAGGAGGAGAUUCCUUUGAUGGCAAUUCAGAUUACUGUUUUCCCAGAUUCUGGUAUUUGCAUUGGACUCGCUUAUCUGCAUAUUGUCGCUGAUGGAAGGACCUUCCACAAUUUCAUGAACACCUGGGCUGCGUAUUGCUCCUCUCAAGCUUCAUCGUUUCCACCCAAAUCUCUACCCUUUUAUGAUCGAAGUGUGAUUGUGGAUUCUCAUGGGCUUGAAGAGGUUUUCUUGAAGCAAUGGCGUCGCAAGAAAACGUCUUUCAUCGACGAAACAAAGGUCAAGUCGUCAUCUUCUUCAUUGAGCGACCUGGUUCGCGCCACGUUCUUGAUGGAUCCUACUCAAAUGGAGAAGAUCAAACGCUUCAUUGUUUCAUUAUGCAGAGACAAGUCCCAGCCUGAGCACCUAUCUCCUUACGUCUUAACUUGCGCUUUUCUAUGGGUCUGUUUGCUCAAAACUCAUCAACUUACUGACAAUGAUGAAGAUGUCCAUUACAAGGAUCCGGCUUAUUUUGGGUUUAUCGCCGGCGGGAUGACCCGGCUGCAAUUUCCGGUGCCGGCAAAUUACCUUGGGAAUUGCGUGGGGUUCGGCCGUGCAUCAGCGAUGAGGGAGGAGUUACUUGGAGAAGGUGGGAUUGUUGUUGCAGCGAGAGCCAUUGGAGGCACAAUUAAGAAGCUGGAUCAUGGGAUGCUAGUGGGGGCAGAGAAAUGGGUAUCGUAUUGGGAGGUGAUGAACGGGUCGGAGCUCCAUGUGGUUGCAACAUGGUCUCCAAAAUUGAAGCUUUAUGAGACGGAUUUUGGAUGGGGGAGGCCAAGGAAGAUAGAGGAAAUCUCCAUUGAUAAGAGCAGAGCCAUUUCACUUAUUAACAGCAGAGAAGUUGAUGGUGGGAUAGAGAUAGGGUUAGCCCUGCCUCAUAAGAAAAUGGAUUCUUUCACCAUGUUCUUCAACCAAGGCCUGAAUGCAGUUUCAUAA